AUGUCUGCAAUCAAUAGAAAAAUAAUUUACACCGCUGCUGCUCCUGCAGCGAUCGGACCAUAUAGUCAGGCCGUGGUAGUGGACAGGACCAUGUACAUCUCGGGGCAGAUUGGGAUGGACGUGGGCUCUGGUCAGCUGGUGGAGGGGGGAGUCCAGGCUCAAGCCAAACAGGCUCUUGUAAACAUGGGGGAGAUCCUCAAGGCUGCGGGCUGUAGCUACAACAAUGUGGUAAAGACGACGGUGCUGCUCGCUGAUAUUAACGAUUUCAAUAAUGUCAACGAAGUUUACAAGACGUUUUUCAGCAGCAACUUCCCCGCCAGAGCUGCGUAUCAAGUGGCCGCUCUCCCCAGAGGAGCAGCGGUGGAAAUCGAAGCGGUUGCGGUGCUGGGACCCAUCGCAGACUCCUGA